GGCUAAGAGGAAGAUGCAGCUUUGGCUCAGCUCCUCAAUGUACAAGCACCCUGGGCUUGCUCCUGCUCUAGCAUCAGCUGCUUCUGGAGGUGAAAGGGAAGACAAAGAGACUGAGGCAGCGGGAGCCCGAACACUUCGGGGAGAGAGAGGAGUGGCUGGCCAGCUGUUGGGCUCCUUCACUCUGAGCCCCCACCCUUGCAGUGAUUUGUGUUUCGGGAACACCGGUCCCACGUUGCUCUUGGAUUCUCCAGCAGGCUCCCGGGUUGACUGAAGCCAGUCCUUCACCGUUGAACGGGGUAACUCUAAGCACCCUUCCAGUCUGUCACCUCUUUGUGCCAUCAUGGGGAGGAACCUGCUGCUUUGGGCUCUCUGGGCCUCGGUCGUCCUGCUCCAGCUGACCAGCGCUGGGCUGGUUCAGAAGAUGUUCAGAUCACGGAGGGGAAGUGCAGCACUGCCUGCCUCUGACAGCGGCAACAUCAGCCACCCAGACAAGGCCAAGCCCAUGGUGUUCAACCACAUCUACAGCAUCAACGUGACAGCGGGGGCCCUCUGCGCCGUGGACCUGCAGGCCCCCGACGGUUUUGAGCUCCAGCCCCAGGCCUCACACCUCUCAGAACACGCCGUUGACGGCGAGAACCAGAUCGUCUUCACCCACCGUAUCAACAUCCCGCAGCAGGUGUGCAAGUGCGGCGACAGCUUCCCCAGCCUGAAGGAGCUCCUCAGCCGGUUGGAGGUGCUGGAGGAGGAGGUGUCUGCAUUGAGGGACCAGUGCGCCAGUGGUGGGAGCUGUUGUGGAGCCCAGGUCACCGGGGAGGUGGGAACGAAGCCCUACUGCAGCGGACGCGGUAACUACAGUGCGGAUACCUGCAGCUGCGUCUGUGAGCCCGGCUGGAAGGGACCCAACUGCUCAGUGGCGGCCUGCCCCAACAACUGCCUGGACCAGGGGCGCUGCGUGGACGGCGAGUGCGUCUGCUUCGAGGGCUUCUCCGGGCCCGAAUGCGGUGUGGAGGCGUGCGUGGUGGACUGCGGGGAAAAUGGGCAGUGCGUCAAUGGCAUCUGCAUCUGCGCAGAUGGGUAUGCCGGGGAGGACUGCUCUGAGAACAACUGCCCGAACAACUGCUUGGGCCGAGGCCUUUGCGUGGAUGGCGAGUGCGUCUGCACAGAGCCCUGGAUGGGCGUUGACUGCGCUGAACUCAUCUGCCCCAAGGACUGCUACGACCGUGGCCGCUGCGUCAAUGGGACCUGCUUCUGUGAUGAGGGCUUCAUCGGCGAAGACUGUAGCGAGCGUCUAUGCCCGGGCGACUGCAAUGGCAGGGGGCGCUGUGUGGAUGGGCUCUGCGUGUGCGCGGCAGGCUUCGCCGGCCAUGACUGCUCCGUAGCCACCUGCCCCAACGACUGCAACGCCAGAGGCGUCUGCUCCAGCGGCGUGUGCAUCUGUGAGCCGGGGUACCAGGGGCCGGACUGCGGAGAGCUGGCGUGCCCCGAUAACUGCAAUGACAGGGGACACUGCAUGAAUGGCAAAUGUAUCUGCGAUGCCGGUUACCAAGGGGAGGACUGCUCGGAGUUCGCCUGCCCCAAGGGCUGCCGGAACCGGGGUCGCUGUGUCAACGGGCUGUGUGUCUGCGACGAGGGCUUCACCGGAGAGGACUGCAACACACGGGUAUGCCCCAAUGACUGCUAUGGCCGUGGCAGCUGUGUCAAGGGUCACUGCAUGUGCUACGCGGGGUACAUGGGCGCCGACUGCAGCGAGCUGACCUGCCCCAAUGAUUGCCACGGCCACGGACGUUGCGUGGACGGCCAGUGCGUGUGUCACGAGGGCUUCGCCGGUGACGACUGCCACCAGAAAACAUGCCCCGGCGACUGCCUAGACCGCGGCGUCUGCGUGGACGGCAGGUGCGUGUGCCAAGAAGGCUUCACCGGCAACGACUGCUCCGAAUUCACCUGCCCGGGCAACUGCAAUGGCAGGGGGCGCUGUGUGGACGGCCAGUGCCUGUGCGAUGAGGGCUACAUCGGCAUUGACUGCGGGCAGCAGGAGUGCCCUGAUAACUGCAACGGCAGGGGGCGCUGUGUAGACAGCCAGUGCCUGUGCGAGGAGGGCUACAUCGGCAUUGACUGCGGGCAGCAGGAGUGCCCUGAUAACUGCAACGGCAGGGGGCGCUGUGUAGACGGCCAGUGCCUGUGCGUUGAGGGCUACAUCGGGGAAGACUGCUCUGAAGUCUCCCCACCCAAAAAUCUGACCGUGAUGGAGGUAAACCCAGAGACGGUGAACCUCACCUGGACCAGUGAGAUGUUGGUGACGGAGUACCUCAUCACCUAUGUCCCAACCGCUCCCGGUGGCCUGCAGAUGGACUUCCGAGUGCCGGGCGACCAGAACACUGCCACCAUCAUGGAGCUGGAGCCAGGCAUCGAGUACUUGGUCAACGUGUUUGCUGUGCUCAAUGACAAGAGGAGCAUCCCUAUCAGCGCCAGGGUGGCAACACAUCUGCCUACUCCUGAGGGCCUGAAAUUCAGGUCUGUGAAGGACAGCUCGGUGGAGGUGCUGUGGGACCCUCUAGACAUCCCCUUCGACAGCUGGCACCUCACGUUCAGGAACACGAAGGAAGAUAACGGUGCGAUCCGGAACAUCCUGCUGCACAACGCCACCCGUUUCCAGCAGUCGGGGCUCGCCCCCGGCCAGGAGUACGACGUCAAGCUGGAAGCAGUAAAGAACAGAACACGAGGGCCCGCCGUCAACAGGAACGUGAAGACCAAGAUCGACGCCCCUAGCCAGGUGGAGGUACGUGAUGUGACCGAUUCCAGUGCUCUGAUUAGCUGGUUCCGGCCUCUAGCCCGGGUGGAUGGGGUUACUAUCUCCUACGGGCCAAGCAAAGACCCAUCGGACAGGAAGACGGCAAACCUUAUCCCCACGGACACACAGUAUCACAUCGGUGGCUUGGAGCCUGACACAGAAUACCACGUGUCUCUGAACUCCAAGCGAGGAGGGGCAACCAGCAGCCCCAUAGCGAGCACCUUUACCACAGAGCUGGACAUUCCUCAGGACCUGCAAAAGGUGACCCAGACUGACAGGACUAUCACGCUGGAGUGGACAAACAGCAAGGCCGAUAUUGACAAGUACCGCGUGAAGUACGGCCCCAUUUCUGGGGGGGCGCACAACGAGCUGCUGGUCCGCCCUGGAUCUGGAGGCACAACCAAGGCCACCAUCUCUGGCCUGAGGCCUGGGACAGAGUACGGCAUUGGCGUGACGGCCAUGAAGAGGGAACGCGAGAGCUUACCUGCCACCACCAACGCAGCCACAGACUUGGAUCCUCCCAAGGACCUGGAGGUGAAAGACUCCUCUGAGACCAGUGUGACCCUGAGCUGGAAGCGGCCGAGGGCCAAGAUCGACCGCUACCGGCUGGACUACAUCACCGACGGGCAGCGGGUGGACAUACCAGUGCCAGGCGACGCCACGACAUACACUGUGAGCGGCUUGGAUCCCGGGAAGAAGUACAGCAUCAGCCUGUCGGCGGAGAGGGGAAAGCAGAGGAGCAGCCCUGCCAGUCUGUCUGUGUCCACAGCGCCCAAGUCUGCCCCAAGUCCAGAUGUAGUUGCUUUGAGUAUCAAAAUCGCACCCACUCCUAUCCCAAGCCGGGCUCCAGACUCUGCAGUGGUUCCCACCACUUCCUUUAGGACAAAAGUCCCCGUGACACAUUUCCUGUCAGGGGUCUCUGUCAUGGAACCCGAAGCAUCCACUUCAGAACUUCCGGGAGGGCUCAACGUCACCAGCGUGACCCAGAUGACGACGGGUGUGACCCAGGUAGCACCCAAAAGAUCGUUAGACAAUCUCUCGGUAGAGCUGGAUGCUUUGACAAAGCCAACGUGGGCUCAUGUGGUCACGGUCCCUGAGGCCACCAAGGCUGCUGGGGCCACUGGGACACCUGUUGUAGAUGGCCGGUCGCUUGGCACUCCUUAUGAGAUUUCUCCGCACAGCUUUUCGGAGGGGGAGCCACCCCCAACUCAACAGGGUCCUGCCAAUACAGAGGAGGCGGAGCCCCGGGUGGUGAACCUCACCGUGUCUGACGUGCUGUGGAACAGCUUCCGCGUGUCCUGGGACACAUCAGGCGAGGUAGCCUUCAAUGGCUUUCUGAUUGAGGUUGCAGAUUCAGAUGGUUGGGCCAACGGGCAGAACCACACGCUCCCCGGCGACGCCCGGAGUGUGGGCAUCGCUCAGCUGAGCCCCAACUCUUCGUAUGUGGUUUCAGUGCGUGGCUUCCACCGGGGGUCGCUCUUAGAGACGGCCCUUGCCGAAGUCACCACAGUGCCAGAGCCCGAAGUUGGCACGCUGCUUGUGUCUAACGUAACGUCAGAAAGCUUCACCAUUUCCUGGAAUGGCACAGAUGGAAUCUUUGAGGGCUAUGUCCUGGAGAUCAUUGAUUCCAACUGGCUGUUCGAACCAAUGGAGUACAACCUAUCCCACAAUGCACUGUCCCAUGAGAUCACUGGUCUGAGCGCCAGUACUGACUAUGUAGCCUACCUCUAUGGGGUUGUAAAGGGGGUGAGAACGCAGGCGGUCAGUGCAGUCGCGACGACAGCUACAGAACCUCACUUGGCCAGGCUAGUUGUUUUUAACGUUACCUCAGACAGACUCUCGCUCUCCUGGCGGACGAACGCCAAGUCCUUCGACAACUUUGUCGUGGAGGUCAGGGAGUCGGCGGUGCCAUCUCGGGCGAUGGGCCGCACGCUCCCUACGUCGGCCCGCUCCACGGAGAUCUCAGGGCUGCGCGGGGACACACAAUAUGACAUCAAGCUGUAUGGCAACGUCGGCGGACUCAAUACGCCACCGCUAACAGCUGUAGCGACCACAGAGGCUGAUCCUCAGCUGGGCUCUGUAAAGGUGUCUGACGUAGGCCCAGAUAACUUCACGCUGUCUUGGAGCACAGUGGCAGGUCACUUUGAUGGCUUCAUGGUCCGGGUCAGUGACUCGGAGCAGCUGUACGAUGCCCUGGAGCUUUGGCUCCCUGGGGGAGCUCGACACGGCAGCGUCGUGGGUCUGGUGGACGCCACCCCCUACGACAUCGAGCUGUAUGGCAUCUCCCACGGGAUUCGCACCCCCUCGCUCACCACCCAUGCCGUCACAGCGGAGUUGCCCAAGGUGGAAAACCUAAAUAUUUCGGAUGUGAGCCCGUUCGGUUUUCGGGUGUCCUGGACAGCGCGGCACGGCGACCAGCCUGGCGGUUUUGACCACUUUCACUUAGUGGUGACGGACUCCGGCUGGCUUCUGGAACCUCAGGAGUUCACGGUGACGGGCAACCAGACCUCGCUGGACAUCCGGGGCCUGAUAACAGGCAUAGGCUACGAGGUCCAGCUGACCGGGGUCACUAAGUCGGGACUGUGGUCCCGGCCCCUGACCACAGUGGCCGUGACAGAGGCUGAACCUGAGGUGGAACACCUUUUUGUUUCGGACAUUACCUCCGAAAGUUUCCGCCUGGCCUGGACCGCCGAAGACGACGUCUUCGACAGAUUCGUGAUUAAAGUGAGAGACUCGAAAAAACUCGCACACCCGAAAGAGGUCAGCGUCUCCAGCCAAGAGAGGACAAAGGUCUUAACAGGUCUCGCCGGGGGCACGGAGUACGAAAUUGAGCUGUACGGGGUAACUCUGGAACGGCGCUCCCAGCCCAUAACCGGUGUCGCUAGAACAGCCCUUAACUCCCCCAUGGGCAUCAGGUUUUCCGAUGUCACCGACACCUCCUCCACCGUCCACUGGACUAAGCUCCCCACUCCUGUGGACAGUUACCGGGUCACCUACGUGCCGAUCCAGGGAGGCGCCCCGAGGGUCGUGACGGCAGACGGGACAGAAUCCAAAGCUGAGCUUCCAAACCUGACCCCUGGGGUGACCUACCAGGUCCAUGUGGUCGCCAUUAAGGGCUUUGAGGAGAGCGAGCCCAGAACGGACACAUUUACUGCAGCCCUGGACAAACCGCGAGGCGUGACCGUCGUCAACGUGACCGACACCAAGGCCUUGCUGCUCUGGCAGCCUGCCGCAGCCACCAUCGACAGCUACAUCAUCACCUAUAGCACGGGCACAGAGCCCCCUACGGUGGAGCAGGUGUCCGGGAACACGGUGGAGUUUGAGAUGACCUCUCUGAAGCCAGGCACAACCUAUUCCGUCAGUGUGAAGGCGAUAAGGGAAGGGCAGAGGAGCGAGCCCAGUGGCACAGACUUCACCACCGAUGUGGAUGCCCCCCGUGACCUGGCUGUCACUAAUGUCCAGGGUGACCAUGCCACCCUCACCUGGAACCCCCCUCGCUCUCAUAUCAAUGGCUACAUCCUGAGCUACGGGUCAGCCAACGACUCCAUGAGGGAAGUGGCCCUGAACCCUGCAGCCACCUCGUACGAGUUAAGUUCCUUGAUCCCUGGCACAACAUACACAGCCAGACUGCGGGCCACUGCUGGGCCCAAGACAAGCCAACCCAUCCAGGUUCUUUUCACCACCAUUGGCAUGCUGUACCCACAUCCGAAGGACUGCUCACAAACAUUGCUCAACGGAGACAGCACCUCUGACCUCUACACCAUCUACAUGGGUGGAGAAGGGAGCCAACCAGUUCAGGUCUUCUGUGAUAUGGUCACAGAUGGAGGUGGAUGGAUUGUGUUCCUCCGACGUCAGAAUGGUAAACUGAACUUCUUCAGGAACUGGAAGAACUACACAGCAGGUUUUGGGAACAUCAACGACGAGUUUUGGCUUGGCCUCGCCAACCUCCACAAGAUCACGACGAGCGGGAAGUAUGAGCUCCGCGUCGAGCUGCGCGACCGAGGCGAGACUGCCUACGCCCUCUAUGACGACUUCAGCGUGACCGACCCCCGCAGCCGCUUCAAAAUCCAAGUGGGCAGCUACAGUGGCACAGCUGGUGAUUCCUUGUCCUAUCACCAUGGCCGCCCCUUCUCCACCUACGACAACGACAAUGACAUCGCCGUCACCAACUGUGCCCUGUCCUACAAGGGUGCCUUCUGGUACAAGAACUGCCACAGGGUCAACCUCAUGGGCAGAUACGGGGACAACAGUCACAGCAAGGGUGUGAACUGGUACCACUGGAAAGGCCACGAGCAUUCGAUAGAGUUUGCCGAGAUGAAAAUCCGGCCCGUCAAUUUCAGAAACCUAGAAGGCCGAAGGAAGAGAUCAUAGGGUGUCAGCCUCGACCCCCCCGCAUUCCCCCCCAUGACCUCAGCCACUGCCAGGAGCGCGACACUCAGUAUUGGACGCCUUCCUCUUAAGUGACCCAUGUCCUUAAACCACCCCACCCCCCCCAUAAAGGGACAAUGUCGACGACAAAGAAGAUGCCUGUAUUGUCACCAGCACUCUCUGUUUGGAUCUCCAGCAGACAGACAGCAAAAAAGGAGAAAAUCUUUGGGGAAAAUCGUGAAGGAUUCUGUAGGCUGUCAGACUCUGGAUAUGACAGGCUGUCAUGAGUAUUUUCCCCAUUUCGUUUUGGUUUGCCAUGGUUGUUAUACUACACAGAAUAACUCUGCUUACUUUAGUUUUAGUUUGGCUGUAUUACAGGUCCUUCAAACUUCCGCUUUUCUUAUUUUAUCCGAAUCAGCUCCUUCCCGUUACCUCUCCAUCCCAGAUCUUCCCCUGGGUUCUCUAUGGAUGAUUAUGGAAGAAUUUUUUUCCUUUAAAAAAUGAUUUUCAUAGAGAUUUAUUGGUGUAAUUUUGCUUGACUUCAAGCUGUAUUGAAAGCAGGAAACCUUUAUGAAAAGGGCCAUUUUCCCCACAGUCGUCUGAGUUUUAAGGGGUCAGUUUUUUAUUUUGUUGUUCAUCCCUCCAUCCUGCCUCACUCACUCUUUUUUAUGUGAAACCACGUGACCAAGCAGCUUUAGAAGGUCAACAGAACUGUCAGUGGCUGAGGUCUGGAGCUCGUGCAGUUGCGUGAUGCUCCAUGAAGUCCUAUAAACACCCCCCCACCCCAAAAAAAAUAAAUAAACAAACUCCUUUGUCUGUUCAUACUUUGUUUCUGUCACAGAAAUCCUAGGCAGGGCCUCCUACUCAAUAAUAUAUUACGUUUUCAGAAUUGUACAUGUUUUUGUUGUUUCUCUUUGAAAAUUGUAGAGAAGUCUUCUCUGAGGAGAAAGUAUGAGUUCUGAAAAUUGAAAUGCGUCGUGUGCAUUAAGAAUAACUUAUGACGGCAAAAAUAAGCCAGUCUUGUUGCAUGACAAAAACUCCCCAGGCCAAUACCUUUGCUUUGGAAAAUGAAGAAAAAAAUAAUUAAAAAUUAAAAGAAUGAGAGCUGUCCCAGUAUAGGCUGCACCAGUAAAACUAAGCCACAGCUAUGAAAAUUACUUAAUUGACUUUUUUUAAUGAAUGAAAAAUGACUUUGUAGCCCUAAUUAUAAUAAAUAAAACUUUUUAACAACUUGG